CCUGUGUAUGAGCGUGCAGGAUGAAGACUGCAGAGAGCCCGGUCCCUGAUGCGCACUUCUCUGUGGACAAGCAGAACAUCUCCCUCUGGCCCAGAGAUCCUCCUCCCAAGUCAGAUCCAUCUUUGGUCCUGAGGAAACCUCUCAUCCUCCGGGUGGCAUUAAUCUGCCUGUCACUGGUCCUGGUCACCUUCAUUGUGCUGCAAGCCAUUCUCUAUCCCUGGCUCAUGGGCACAAUAUCAGACAUAAAGACUGAUGCCCAGUUGCUGAAAGGUCGUGUGGACAACGUCAGCACCUUGGGUUCUAAAGUUGAGAAGAACAGUGGUGAUGUGCAGGCAACUGGCCUGCAGAUCCAGAUGGUGAAUGUCAGCCUGGAUCGCGUGAAUUCUCAGAUCCUGACGUUGAAAACCAGCAUAGAGAAAGCCACUGCACAGAUCCACAACUUAACAACAAAUUGGGAGGCGGUCGGUCAUUUAAAUUCCCAAAUCCCAGAGUUAAAAAGAGACUUGGACAAAGCCAGUGCUUUAAACACGAAGGUCCGGGAACUGCAGAGCAAAUUGGAGACCAUCAGCAAGUCGCUUAAACGACAAAAUGACAUUCUGCAGAUGGUUUCCCAGGACUGGAAGUACUUCAGGGGGAACUUCUACUACUUCUCUCACACCCCAAAGACCUGGUACAGUGCCCAGCAGUUCUGUGUGUCCAGGAGCUCACACCUGACCUCAGUGACCUCUGAGGCCGAGCAGGAGUUUCUGUACAAGACAGCAAGUGGACUUCCAUACUGGAUUGGCCUGACCAAAGCAGGGAGUGAAGGGAGCUGGUACUGGGUGGAUGAAACGCCAUUCAACAAGGACCGAAGCGUGAGGUUCUGGAUUCCAGGUGAGCCCAACAAUAUGGGGAACAAUGAACAUUGUGUCAAUAUAAAGUUGCCCGCGCUCCUGUCAUGGAAUGACGCUUCCUGUGAUAAUACGUUCCUUUUCAUCUGUAAGCGGCCCUAUGUGCACUCAGAACCAUGAGAGGACUUGCCCCCCAGUUCAAUGCUUGUCAAACUUGAGGAAACGUCUCUCUCCCCUCAAUACGCCAGGAUGACUUUGUACCUUUGUUUUUUUUUUUUUUUUUUUUUCUCUUUCAAAAUUAUCCCAACGGCGUCUGGGAGUCCGUCUAUCCUGACUGGGAAUUCUCUGACCCCACAGGGGCAGCUGGAAUGGAAAGCACUUGGGUUAAAUGGGAGGGGAGGGUGGAGAGAAUUUAGAAGUUCACACGGCCUGGCUAAGGUGCAUCCGGACACUGAUAGCUGAGGCCACUGCCUUGAACUUCCCCAUUUCUUCAGAGAAAUCUCAUCUGCAUCACAUAAAAGUUACAAGAAGAGAUCAAUGUCGGAAGAGACAGAUAUGUUUUACUGGAUUUAAACAUUAUGCGAUGUAUACAUGUAUCAGAACACCACAUGGUACCCCAUAAAUAUGCACAAUUGUGUUAAGUUGAAAUUUAAAUUUAAAAAGUAAGAAUGAAAUAUGAAAAAAAAAUUUGCUUCCAACCCACUAAGUGAUUCUCUUGAUACUAUUACUCAAGGCUUUUCCUGCUUGAUGCCCCAGAAUUCUCACUUGCCUGCUUAGGAGGCUGGUGGCCAGCAGGUGCCCACCUCACAUUCCCAUUGCCCUCUUUGUCCAUGCCUCUGAAGCUUGAACCCCUCUGUCCCUGGGGCAAGCUGCCCUGUUCAGCUUGGGGGCUGCUGUGGACAUGCAUUGCUUUAUGAGCUGGGCUGCACCUUCCCUCCUCUUCCUCCCUUCUUCCCUUCCUCUCACUCACUUCCUGCCUUUGCUAUCAUCGUCCAUCCAGUUCCUCCCUGAUCCUCUGUACCUCCCCUGUGCCUCCUCUUUUCUGCAUUUCUUAUCUUCCUGUACCUGGUGUGAGGGAACUUCUCUUUUGGUACCUGAAAGAGUUCAUUUCAAAUCUUUAGAAUGGAAUGUCGCUGGGGUCAAGGCCUCUCUCCUUGUGCCCCUUUUCACUCCUAGUUGUAUCUGUGAAUGUGAAGGAAAGGCAGUCUUUUUUGCUGGAUGCGAAAUUUGGGGGCACUGUUCAUGGUUUGGAUGUGAGGUGUCCCCCAAAAGCUCACAUGUGAGACAAUGCAAGAAGGUUCAGAGGAGAAAUGAUUGGGUUGUGAGAGUCUUAACUCAAUCAGUCAAUUAAUCCCCUGAUAGGGAUGAACUGAGUGGUAACUGAAGUGGUGGGUGUGCCUGGAGGAGGUGGGCAUUGGAGGCGUGGCUUCGGGGUAUGUAUUUUGUAUCUGGCAGUGGAGUUUCUCUGCCUGCUCUCUGAUGACCACGUGAGCCAAUUCCCUCUGCCACAUUCUUCCGCCAUGUUGUUCUGCCUCACCUGGAGACCUCAGGAAUAAAGCUGGCUGAAACCGUGAGCCCUCCAAUAAACU